AACGAAAGUAGCUUCAAAAUAAUGACGAAGAAAUUAAAACGAUAUAUGCUCAGCAUGAACUUCUUUCUGAUAUGGAUAAUGUUCUUAGAGGUGUCAAAUGCAUUAAAAGAAGUGGUUAAACUUCAAUCAAAUAGUAUAUCCAGUGAAAAAUCAAUAAUUGAUAUUAAUAAUAACGAAAUUCAACAAGUGAUUGAAGCAAUUGGUAGCAGUACCACAACAAUACCAUCAACACCAUUGGGACCAUAUUUUGUUGAACGUGUAAAUGAAAACAUAUCAAUAAGUGCAUUGGUGGAUAAAACUGCUUAUCUAUCGUGUAAAGUGAAUAACUUGGGUAAUAAAACGGUAUCUUGGGUUCGUCAUCGUGAUGUCCAUUUAUUAACAGUGGGUAGAUACACGUAUACAUCAGAUGACCGAUUUCGUGCAAUCAAUGGGCUCAAUUCAAAUGAAUGGAUAUUACAAAUUAAAUAUCCACAACAACGAGAUGCUGGUGUAUAUGAAUGUCAGAUAAGCACAACACCACAUUUAAGUCGAUUCUAUGAAUUAAAUGUUAUAGAGCCGAAAGCAAGAAUCUUAGGGGGUUCAGAAAUGUACAUCGAUCAUGGUAGUACAAUAAAUAUUACUUGUUUGAUAAUUGGUGGACUUGAUCCACAAGGAUUUGUUUUUUGGUUUCAUAAUAAUCGGAUAAUAAACGAAAACAGUCCUCGUGGAGGUAUACAAAUCACCACAGAUCUGGGAUCAAAAGCAAAGAGUGUGUUGUUAAUAAAUAAUGCAAGACCAACUGAUUCAGGCCGUUAUGAUUGUAAUCCAACUAAUGCAGAUUAUAAAAGCAUUGUUAUACACGUUCUUAAAGGUAAUUAUCCAGAAGCAAUGCAACAUAACAACAGUGGUGCUCAAUUUUCAUCA